CUUCCUGGCGACCCCUACCCCCUUCGUCGCCGCACUCCGGCAUUUCUCCGGCUCAGCCCCCACCACGCGGCUGCAGCGAGCGAGCGAGCGAGCGCGGGAGCGAAAUGGGAGCUCCCACUCCUCUCCCGCUCCAACCCGAUAACUCCUCACGACGCAAGCGCCGACUCCCUCCCGUCAGGCCUCCGCCCCCCGCCCGCCGACGCCGCGUGCUUCCCGCCGCGCGGGCGAGGAGGAGGUGCCCGCACGACGACGGGUUCGAUCCCGACGCCGGCAACGGCCUUGGCACCGCCAAGCCCCAACCUCAGCGCUGCAUCCUCGACAUGUUCCCGUACCCUAGCCCCAGGACACGAUUUGGCUCGAUUGGACGCAUAAAUUAUUCGUGGGAGGCGUUGAAGGUGUGCAGUGGGAGAAAGGAAGCAGUCAUUUGCCAAAUAACUGUACUGUAACUGAAACACGAAAGCCCAGCUGGUUCACAAAUAAGCGUUCGUUCAGGACGGUUCUCUUGGGAGGAGAUUCGGUGGAGCAUGAUAGAUGUCCCGUCGAGGGUGUAUCCUCAUUAGUGUUAUCAUGCCAUGGAUUUAAUUAUGCCGAGCAUCUCUUUCAAGAUUCUCAGAUAAUUCAUGUCCGACAGUCCGAGGAAGCUUGAUGAUGGGGAUAGGUUGUUGUGGAUCAUUGACUAACUUUCCUGCAACUGCGACCAAGACAGACCAAGUCUUUGGCAUCAUUGCCAUGUCCAUUUCCUCUCCUUGAUAACUGACCUGCUGCCACUUUGCAGAGUCAGCUAAAUUGUGCUUCGGCUUACAAUACAUAGGACACUUCAUCCGACUGUGACAUAUGUCAUGUGCAAUUUAUAUCUAUCUUUCUUUGGUACUUGGAUGGCGGCAAAGAAAUAACGGUCAGUGGGGAGCCAGCUUUCCUGAUAUUCAGCUCACUUGAUACUUCCAUUUGGUGGAUCCUGGGGUGCACAAGCUGUAGAUUGUAUAACAAGCAGAGAAUGGUAUUUGUACUUUGAUAGACUGGUUUAUGCACGCGUAUUCUUUACCCACAUGAACCUCACAAGUUUCUUUUGUGCUCAGGUUUUUUUCAAUCAUCUCGGGUGUGACGUCAAUAGAACCAAGCCAAACAAGCCGGCAGCCCGGCUCUGAAGAAGUUCCAACUCCCCUACCCUUCCAACAUAUAUCAAAGCACGCACACAAAGCAUUUAACCAACAUACUCCAUUAGGACAAGAACAGAGCCAUGGCUCCUCAAGUUUUUCGCACCCAAUCUCUAAUUGUUCCUUCCCACCAUGCACUCUCUCUUCUCUGCGCCAUCCUUGUAUUUCUGUCCUCCAACACAAUAAUAUACACAUCAGCACAAGCUAGCAACAAAUCUGAGAGCCGGCAAGCCCUUCUCUGCUUCAAAGAUGGCAUCUCUGGGGACCCUCUCGGUGUUCUCAGAUCAUGGCGCAAUGACUCACUCAACUUCUGCAGCUGGCGGGGGGUCACCUGCAGCAUGACCCUCCCAAUCCGUGUUGUGUCCAUACAAUUCAGUUCUGCACGGCUCACAGGAACACUAUCCAGAUGCAUAGCAGGCCUUAGUUCUCUAAAGAAGAUGGAGCUUUCAAGUAAUCAAUUUUCUGGACGCAUACCUGACAAGAUAGGUGACCUCCGGAGCCUCCAAACUCUGAAUCUUGUGGGCAACAACCUUGUAGGUAACAUCCCUCUGUCAUUAGGUACAGCUGCAUCUCUUAGAUAUGUGAACCUUGCAAACAAUUCUCUUAGCGGAGCUAUCCCUGAUUCCUUAGCAAAUAGUUCGUCACUCAGUGCGAUGAUCCUCUCACGGAACAAUUUAGCUGGGGUGAUCCCAGCUAAUUUGUUCAACUCAUCCAAACUUCGUCUUGUUGACCUCCGGUCAAAUGCUCUCUCCGGGCCUAUCCCACAUUUCCAAAAGAUGGACGCUCUGCGAUUUCUUAAUCUUACAGGGAAUUCACUUUCUGGUACUAUACCAGCAUCUUUGGGCAAUGUUUCAUCAUUGCGCUCCCUCCUGCUAGCACAAAACAACUUAGCAGGAUCAAUUCCAGAAACUUUGGGUCAAAUUCCAAACCUUAGAAUGCUAGAUCUAAGUUACAAUAGCUUGUCGGGGUAUAUCCCAGCCACACUCUACAAUGUGUCAUCACUCACACUCUUUAGCCUAGGCAGCAACGAAUUUGGUGGAGAGAUACCUUCUGAAAUUGGCCACUCAUUUCCAAAUCUCAAAACAUUGCAAAUGGAAGGCAACCAUUUUCAUGGAUCAAUACCAGAUUCUCUGAGCAACAUGUCAAAGCUGCAAGUGCUUGAUCUUUCAAGCAACUCGCUGUCUGGCGUGGUGCCAUCUCUAGGAUCCUGGGCAAACUUGAGUCAUGUGCAUCUAGGAAAUAAUAAACUCAAAGCUGGUGACUGGGCGUUCCUUGUCUCUCUCACCAAUUGCUCUCAGUUGUUAAGAUUAUCAGUGGAUGGGAAUAUACUGAAUGGAAAUUUGCCAAAAGCAGUAGGCAACCUUUCAAUAAAGCUGGAGCGGUUAAAUUUUGGAAGAAACCAAAUUUCUGGAAACAUACCAGCCGAGAUAGGCAACCUUGUAAACCUCGCUCUACUUGACAUGGGCCAGAACAUGCUCUCAGGACAAAUUCCCCUGACAGUUUGGAACUUGAGGAACUUGUUCGUCCUAAAACUAUCCAUAAACAAGCUGUCAGGUAAAGUUCCAUCAACCGUUGGUAAUCUUGCUCAACUCAGCGAGCUUUAUCUUCAUGACAAUGAGUUGUCUGGAGCCAUACCGGCAAAUAUAGGACAAUGCCAAAGGUUGCUUUUGCUGGACUUGUCAUUUAACCAUCUUGAUGGAUCUAUACCAGUUGAACUCCUCAAUAUUUCUUCCCUUGCCUUGGCUUUGGACUUGUCAAACAAUAACCUGGCAGGGUUGAUACCACCGCAAAUUGGUAACUUGAUCAAUCUUGGGUUACUACGUGUUUCCAACAACAAAUUAUCUGGUGAACUUCCUUCUGCACUUGGCCUGUGUGUUACAUUGGUAUCCCUUGACAUGAAAGGGAACAUGUUUAGUGGAAUUAUUCCUCAGUCUUUCAGUGCUUUGAAGGGCAUACAGCGAAUAGAUCUGUCUGGGAACAAUUUAACUGGUCAAGUUCCACAGUUUUUCGGGAACUUCAGCAGCUUAAAUUAUAUUGAUAUAUCAUACAACAAAUUUGAAGGGCCAAUCCCGACUGGUGGUAUAUUUGGAAAUUCAACUGCAGUGUUCCUGCAUGGUAACGCAGGAUUAUGUGAAACAGCUUCUGCCAUAUUUGGACUGCCCAUUUGCCCCACCACCUCAGCAACAAAAAGGAAGAUCAAUACACGCUUGCUGCUGAUAAUAGCUCCACCAAUUACUAUUGCUGUGUUCUCAUUAUUAUGUGUUGCUGUCACUGUUAUGAAAGGGACCAUAACUCAACCAUCUGAAAACUUCAUGGAGACAAUGAAGAGGGUGUCAUACAGUGACAUUCUUAAAGCCACCAAUUGGUUCUCUCUGGUCAACCGGAUCAGCUCGAGUCAUACAGCAUCAGUCUACAUUGGUCGGUUUGAGUUUGAUACAGAUCUAGUGGCAAUCAAGGUAUUCCAUCUCAGCGAGCAAGGUUCGAGAAAUAGCUUUUUCACCGAGUGCGAAGUGCUAAAACACACCCGCCACCGCAAUCUGGUUCAAGCUGUCACCCUGUGCUCCACGGUAGAUUUUGAGGGCAAUGAAUUCAAGGCUAUUGUAUACGAGUUCAUGGCAAACGGUAGCCUGGACAUGUGGAUACAUCCGAGGCCUCACCGAGGCAGCCCAAGGAGGCUGCUAAGCUUGGGUCAGCGGAUAAGUAUUGCUGCUGAUGUGGCUGCUGCUCUGGACUAUGUACACAACCAGCUGACACCUCCUUUAAUCCACUGCGACUUGAAGCCAGGCAAUGUUCUGCUGGACUACGACAUGACCUCACGCAUCGGUGACUUCGGGUCCGCCAAGUUUCUCUCUUCAGGUAUUGGUGGGGCAGAAGGCUUGGUUGGUGUCAGAGGAACGAUUGGAUAUAUCGCACCUGAAUACGGGAUGGGAUGCAAAAUAUCGACAGGCUAUGACGUGUACAGCUUCGGGGUGCUGCUACUGGAGAUGCUCACGGCAAUUCGACCAACGGACGCACUAUGCGGCGACGCUCUCAGCCUUCACAAGUAUGUUGGCCUAGCCUUUCCUGACAGAAUCGUUGAAGUUCUAGAUCCCCAUAUGCCAUCCGAGGAGGAUGUGGCGGCCUUUUCCCUGCAUAUGCAAAAGUACAUUAUGCCUUUGUUCAGCAUUGGCCUGGUGUGCACCAUGGACUCACCGAAAGAUAGACCAGGGAUGCAUGAUGUUUGUGCCAGGAUUGUUGCCAUCAAACAGGCAUUUGUUGAGACCUUGUGAUCCGCGGCAACUAGUCGGAUGUGCAUGCAACCAGAUGUUAAAUACCAUGUACAUAUUCGAUAGCACAGUUACUACACUACUCUAAUGCUUAUAUAGUACAAAACUAUAGCUGUAUCACUCCCAGAAUAUAAUUGUAACAGUUUUAGUUAUGUAUCUAAAAUUAUCCACCGUUAUGCUAUGCACCACCAAAAUCAGCGGUGCAGAUCUUACUUUUUAUCUCACAUCAAUGUGAGUUUUUUUAAGCACCUGAAAGCGAAUGUGCAAGCACUUGCAAAACUUUCUUUCACUGAACUGUAGAGGUGCAUUUGUCCUGUCUGAAAAGCUAUUUAGUUAGGCAUUCUUCACACCAGAUGCUGUCAAUUUUGGUUCUUUCCUUGGAUCCAUGAGCCCACGGGUGUCAAAUAUUGCUGGUUUGCACAUUUCAACAUCUACUAAUACUAAAAACACCAAGAUAGGAGCAUCAGGAAACUCGGGGGCUGUGACUUUCGCUUUCCAGCUUUCCUGAAAUUCAGGUUUGUUUCCUUGACUCUGCAAGUCAAGAAUUUGCAAAAGUAAGGGUGCGGCUUUGGCUUUCUGGGUUUUCACAGGAUUCAGGCUGUUUCCACAACUCAGCGUUAGGAAAUUCGAUGCAAAGAAGCGACUCACCUUGGCUGAAAUGCUACUAGUCAGUUACACAUGUUUCAUGCAAGGGUCGUCAGUUUUGAUUCUACCUUCGGAGCCAAGAAUGUCAAAUGUUUUUGCAGGU